GGGGCCCCACCGCCACCAAUAGGCUCCACCGCCACCAAGAGGCCCCACCGCCACCAAGAGGUCCCUCCGCCACCAAGGGGCCCCACCGCCACCAAGAGGCCCCACCGCCACCAAGAGGUCCCUCCGCCAAGGCACCACUGCCGAGGCUCCACCGCCACCAAGAGGCCCCACCGCCACUAAGAGGCUCCACUGCCGAGGCUCCACCGCCACCAAGAGGCCCCACCGCCACUAAGAGGCUCCACUGCCGAGGCUCCACCGCCACCAAGAGGCCCACUGCUGCCACCGCCGAGGCUCCACCACCGCAACCAGGGCCACAAAGCCAAGGCCAAGUUUCAGCGCCGAGUGAGGGAUGUCAGAGACGGAGACUGAUGCGGAGAGGGAGGCGGGAUCUCCGAUUGAAGAUGAAGUGCAGGAGGAAGAGGAUGAAGAAAAAGAGGAACAGCCUGAACCGAAGCCUCUAACGACAGAAAUCCUGGCGGAGUCGUUAUCCCUUCUGUGCAAAACUGGAAACUCUCUGUCUCACGCCUACGUCCGCGUCGAUCUGCGCGAUCGUGAACUAACUGACAUCAACGCUCUGCGUCCAUUUGUCCACCUGCGUUACGUGGAUAUCUCUGGGAACAUGAUCCAGGAUAUCUCUCCGUUGGCCAACCUGAGCCAGCUGCUGUGGGUGUCUGCAGAAGGGAACAACCUCUCCAGCGCCCAAGUGGAGGAGCUGCCCUUCCUUCAGGUGGCCAACUUCGCCCGCAACUCUAUCCGGGACACGGAGGGAAUCUUCCACCCACUGCUGGAGACUAUCAAUCUGAACCAUAAUCAGAUUCAUGAGGUUACUGGAUUGGAUCCCAUCAAGCUGUCCCGCCUCCACACGCUGGAACUGCGAGGCAACCUGUUAGAAUCCACUCGUGGGAUUAUCUUGCCAAACCUGCACCACUUGUACCUGGCGGCCAACACCAUCAGCCGAUUGGAAGACUUAGACACCCUCACGAGUCUCCAGACUCUUCACUUGCGAGAAAAUCACAUCGAAACCCUACGGGGCUUCAGCCCAACAAUGGUGGCUCUGCAGUAUAUCAACCUCAGGAGUAACCUAAUUGUCGAAAUCAGUGAAUUGAAACACCUCGAAUGUGUGCCUAAUCUUCGAGCGUUAGUCCUUGCAGAUAACCCGUGUAGUGAGGAAGACUCCCACCGCCUUGAGGCUCUCCUCGCCGUCCCUGGACUGGAGAGACUGGACAAGGACAAUUUUGGGAUUGACGACAGGGCGGAGGCAGCCAGCACCAGGAAGCAGAGGGAAGAAGAGGCGGCGGAGAAGGCCGCCAAAGACCAGGACAUUGAGGGGAUGGACAAGACCUGAGGGCCCUCGAGGGGCCUGAGCGACGAAGCAAGGCUGGAAGGGGUAGUGAGGGCCUUUCAUGUGGCCUGAGGGGGUUGUGAGGGGCCGGAAGCCCUUUCCAGGAGUCUGAGGAAGGAAUGAGGGGCACAAGGGAGGGGAGUCAGAGGUGAGUGAGAGGGAGUGAGGAGGGGAGAGAGUGAGGGGCCCCCCAUCACUCCUCACCCCUCUCCCUUCCUCACUCCCCCUACCUCCUCACUCCCUCCCAUCUCCUCUCCACACUCCCCCAUUCUUCUCUCCUUUCCCUCCUUUGUUCAGUUUACUUUAAUUUAGUGUGGGUUAGAUUAGUUUAGCAGUGGUUUAGUUUAGCUCCUCCCUCCCUCCUCUCCUCCUCUCCUCCUCUCCCUCAUUACAUUCCUCCCUCCCUCCCAUUUGUCUCUAAACUCAAUGGAACUCUAUUCCCAGCUUCCUCUGCAUUCACUGCAUUUACUUAAAAAUUAUUGUCUAAUUCUAUAAAGUCAGUAAAAUGAAAUGUGUGUCGAGUGUUAGAUGAUGUUUAACGAUGUGGAAUAUCUGAUUGAAAGGGAGCUCGGUGUACAAGGGUUGGACACGCACAUACACACACACACACACACGUACACAUGCGUGCACACAGACAAACACGCACACAAACGUGCACACACGUGCACACACACACACACACGUGCAUACAGAUGUACACAUGCACACAAACACACACAUACGUACAGACACACAUGCGUGCACAAACACAUAAACACGCACACACACACGUACACAUGCGUGCACACAGACAUACACGCACACAAACGCGCACACAUACAUGCACACACAUACACACACACAUGUACACAUGCACACAAACGCACACAUACGUACAGAUACACACACAUGCGUGCACAAACACAUAAACACGCACGUACACAAGCGUGCACACAGACAUACACG